CAGCCAGUGAAUGGGUGGCCGGGCCGUACAAUCUCCCCCACCCGAAAAAGAAAGACGGCGUUGCGAGCCCACCAUUUGGGUUCGGUUGGCACCGGGUCCUACGGUGAAUCAGUAUCAAUCUGAGCGCUGAACGCGACACACGAAGAAGCACGAAGCUCCUUUAACGCUGCGAAGCAAACCAACAAAAAAAAAAAGGAAAACGGAAUUCCGGUCCGUAUUCGAUCGAUCCUUCGAACGGCUCCCCGACUAUCCCGAAAUAGACGAAAAGUUUAAACUGAACACGAAGAAGAAAAAAAAGUAAAGCAAUUCCAAUUUAGACACAGAAGCGUGUGUGUGUGUGUGUUCCACCCGAAAACAAAAUAGUGUUAUUUUUAUCUCAGUGAAAAAUACUCUACACCUAUAUUGCGCGGAAAACAACCAUAAAGUCACAUCAGUACGUCAAACAGUAGUAGCACCGGGCGCGUGGCCGAUAAGUGUAUCGGGUGGGUGCUUGUGUUUGUGUGAGUGUGUUCUGGUGACUGUGAUAAAGAGGCAAACAAAACAAAAAAACGGCACAGGGAGAGCCCGGACGAGGAGAAGGAAACAUGCUGCGGGUUUUCCAACUCCUGCAAAGAUGACCGUUUGGACGGAGCUGGCGAGAUCCGAUUUCCUGCACGCUGCAACCACCGUGUAGAGGUGCCGUCUGGCCCAGUGAGUGAGUGAGUGAGUGUAAAAAAAGUGCAAGGCGAGAGAGAGAGAGAGAGAGAGAGAGAGAUUGUUAGUGCACGGUGCGUACGUACGUGUGCAUAGGUUUUGACGAAUUAGAAAUCGAACUAGUAGUGCGGUCGGGUUUGCCGUGGAAAAACUCUGCCACCGGAAAAACGGUGUGCCAGUGUGUGCCAGAAGAAAUCGCCGAAAAGCGAUACAUGUGCGUGAGAGACACGGGGAGGUACCACUAGUAAUUAACCUGACUGGGAACCCCGGCUGAAACUGGAGCUGACGCGACGAAGCGAAACCGGUGACAAGCAAUCAAUCUAAGACCGUGUGUGCGUGUGUGUGCGUGUGUUUGGUUUAUCGAACAAUCAGAGCACGACGUUUUAUCGGGCUGGUGCUAGUGUACCGGCGAGGAGUUCCCCCACACACACGACUUGUUGAUUUCUAAAACGAUCGAGCGGAAAAACAAGCGACACCAGGCUUGUGGAAAUUUCACCUCCGGCACCGGCUAGAAGACGCUCUCGGUUUCGGCUCGACAGGCUGAACGCCCUAGUCAGUACAGGCAUCACGCUAUAAAGAAAUGACGUCAUCUAUCGUAACCCUAGCCACCGUUGGCUUGCUGUUUGUCACAGCAUUGGCAAACGGUGAAACCCAACCGAACGGCGUAGGAUCGGUGGUCUUCACCAAGCUCGACUCGCUGCCCUCGACCCGCAACACAUCCGCUCCGGUGGAGCGCACGAAUCGCACCACCCCGGAGGAAGUGGCGAAAGUGCGGCCGGCUUACACCCGUACCGAGCUGAAGGUCUCCCGAAGUCUCAACCCGGACAACGUGCAGAAGCUGAACGUGCGUUCCAACAACGGGCGCAUGGUACAGAUCAUCGUCAAGAAGCGCAACGGAAUGGAGCUGCCGGCCGGAACGAUUACGGUGACACCGAGCUCCACGACGGGCACGACCAGCCAGGGUGUUACCUACUCGUUCGCACCACCACCAUCCGGCCAGAGUCACGUGACACCGGCACGAAUUGCCGGAAACUAUCGCCUGUCGGCUGACUCGGCACCGGAAUCGGUCGACAUUAUCAACGCUUUCCUCGAGCACGUUAAUCGCAUCGAGCGACCGCCACGAUCGUUCUACGACGAUGAGCAUGGUGCGAUGAAGAACGAUCGCCGUCCGGUGCGCAUAAAGGUUAGUGACGAAACGGUGCAGGAAAGCCGUGUUCCACCGCCCGUAGUUAUCAGCUCGGAUCCGGUGUACAUGAAGGACAACGGUGCGGUCAAGACACAGAAACGUGGACGUGCGAUGCAGGAGAUCGGUGCCGAUGGUAUCCCGGUGGUGCAUGGCAUUCGUGUCCCGGACGAUGAGUCCGACAAGCGGCAGGUGUGGCGUAAUGCUCGCGUCAUCAAUGGUGAGCUGGUGCCGUACGAGAAGGGACACGUCCCGACGAGGUUGGAAAACAGUGGCGACAUCUACGGUCAGCUGAUUUUCGCCAAACCUUCCGGCAAUGGAGGACGCGCCAACGUUGGAUCCCGUCAACGCAGCAUCGGGCCAUUUACGACCGCCGACAACUUCCAGCCGAACGAUGGACUGGCCAAGAGCUUCGGCCCGUUCAGUGUGGAGGAUAAUCUGCACACGGGAUCGAUCGCGAUCAACUCUAACCCACCGAAGGAGUCGGGCAAUAUUGCACCUUUCUCGCGUGCUGAUAACUCCCGCCCCGUACCGAACGGUCGUUUGGUGGAGUAUUUGCGUAAAAUCAACGAGGAAGAGAGUCGUAAGCACUAUCCGCAGAUUGUGAGCCGUGCCAACUUCAAGGAAGAUGCCCAAGCCGAACAGCCUAAGAUACAGCGUCGUAUGCUGCAGAAUCCGGGCAAUCCCAACUACCCUGUGUCGCAGCUGUACUCCAUCAAUGGUCCGGGAGCACAGAACCAGGAGAAGGAGCUAGAGGACACCCGCAAACCCGUGCUCCAGUACGCCCAUCCCGAGCUCGGUGUACAGCCAGCCAAAUCCGUCCCACCGGAGCGUAAGCCCACGAAGGCGAUGAAGAAGAUCAUGAACGUGCAGGACUACUACAGCAAGGCGGCGCACAACGAUCAUUCGCCGUACGCGAUCGAACCGGCCAUGGGCAGCAAGGACUACUACGAUCCACCGCAGCCGGUCAAGAUGCCCCGUCCGCCGCAGUACGAAAACUUCAAAGGGCCCUCCACGUACCCGUACAACUACGGGUACAUUCGGCGCGUUAAGCACGAGCGGCCAUUUUGGGCCAAAAUUACCGACCAGAUGCGGGAAGGGCUACAGAGCGGGAUCUCCACCGUACAGGAGUUCACCAAACCCGUCCUGGAGCCCAUCGUCGAGGCCGGACAGAAAAUCUCCAAAAAUCUCGGACUGGUACGAAAGUCUGACGAGGCUCAGGACAAGGUUGGCGUGGUGGUGGCACCAGCUUCAAAUUCAAUUAUACUCCCGGCUCUAGGGCUGAUGGCGGGCGGUGCCGCGCUCGGGCUCGGUGCCGUUGCCGUGGGUCGUUUUUUCGACAUGGGCCUGCUGCGAAGGUCGGGCGAGCUGUUACCCUUCGAUCUGGACGAUCUGGAGCACAAGCGAGCGUUGGAGGCGAUCCAGCAGCAGCAGCAGCAACGGUAUCAGGACCAGUACGAUGUCAUGCUCAUGAACUCACCUCCGAAUGAUCGAGAAAUGGCGAGACGCUCGAAGCGUUCGCUCACACGCAAUCCGUUCGAAGAGCAGGGCCUGCAGGAUGUGGGCCGUGAGUCUAGCAGCUCGUCGAGGGCCCGGUUUGAGCAGCAGCUGCGCGACACCGACUGGAAGAAUCCUUCCUGUGCCAAGCUCACCUUCUGUCGCGUCAUGAUCCAACAGGGCGCCGACGAUAUCGUGCUGAUGGAGAAGAAGAUGUACACCAUGCUGGAUAUGAUGCACCCAGCACUAGCCGCUAGCCUCACCGAUCAUCUGUCAGAAGUGACUGACGCCAUCAGACAGAACGACUGCACACGAUUCGUUUGCCAGCAGCCACCGACCCGAUCUUAACCUCACACUUCAGCACACGAACCUUGCGGACCGACGCUGGCACGGCAUAUGGUUCUUGCAUUUCGACACUAGUUGAUGUUUAAUAAAUUUUUCGGAAAGAGUGUAUGCGAGUGUGAGCGAGAGCAAGAGAGCGAGAGAGAUCGAGAGGAGAGAUCGUGGAAAUUCCAUCCAUUGCAAAAUCCUAUUAGUUAUUAGCGUUAGCGAAGCGAGUGGACAGUGUGGACAGGCGUGACGUAUCUAUCAAGAACAGCCCAGCGCACCACAGCUGUUCCUGCCGCUGCACGGAAUGAUUAUGUGUGUUUUAGACCAUGUCUGUAUUUUAUAUUAAAAUAGUAAGCAGCGAUUACGGCGUACGGUUAGUAUCGCGGUACCCUUCCCCCUUUCAAGCGAGGGCUGCACGUAGAGCUUAAGGCAAAAUCAUGUUACCUUUAUCUGUCUGAUCGUACUGAGCUACUGAGCGCCCAGCACAGUGAGCAAGAGAGAGAGAGCGACCUUAGUCUAAUCAUUACUCAUUACCCUUCUAGCGAACUAAUCCAAUCCCGAACGUCAAACAAUCCCGUUUUAUGAAUAUUUGUUACUUACACACACUAUACGAUUACUUCCCACACACUUACUACUACAAACCAGACUCGGACACGCUCGUUAGGUAAGCUAGCAGGAGAGAUUUGAUUUCGUGUUUGUGUCCGAACUUGUACAUACACUAGAGCAUCAUAUGCCAAAGGAAAGGGAUAUACUAGGGACUGUAACGUCCGAUCCAGCGAUCGAACUUUCGAUAGUUUCAUGCAGUUUAGUAAUCGUUGAACGAGCAGAUUUCGUUCGAAAAGUGAACAGCGCUGAGAUGGUGCCGCUUAGGGCAUCUAAACGAGAUUCUAUCAAUAUUUUGUUAUUAUUGUUGUGUUAAUGAGAGAGAGAGAGAUUUAAGUAGAUACGAGCCGAGUACGUUAUCGUUUUGUUUUUUGCAUUGGAAAGGAUUUUACUGUAUGCAAAAAAGUUUAUUUAAUAAAUUAUUUACUA